UACAGUCGUUGACUUUUUGCGGGCGAUUGCACCGAGUCAUAGAGAUGUACAAGAACUUCAUGCUACAUAUUUGUAUAUGACUGGUAAGUUUGGGGACAGUAUGGAGGUGUACUCUGCUCUCUUGCAUCACAGUGAAGAAAAGUCAGAAAGUACUUUGGAUGAGCAAUUCCAAGACGCCGCUGAGAGGAGAGCGCGACUCUUCACCUGUCGGGCAGCCGCCUGCUUCUCCGCAGGCGGAAAAGGUGCGGAGGAGUGCGGAGAUCUGGAAAAAGCAUUCGAGAUCCACCCCGCCACCGCACGGACUUACUUCCAAAAACUCUUCACAGAUCACGGCACUGGGUUUACCGCUCGCAACCAUCUCCGGCGGCAGGCCGAGCGAGGCCUGUCGGGUUACAGGGAGCGGGUUCUCCUCCGUGACGACCUGCGGUCCAUUGAAGGAGUCGAGCUUCUGGACCCGGUCAUCACUCAGCUGCGCACCCUGUGUCUCCUGGAGCCUGACGGGGGAGGCAGAGAGCUGCGGGUGCGACUGGCUGACUGUCUGCUUCUGCGAGGGGAGCACAGAGAGGCCCUGUCUAUCUGCAGCCAGCUCGCUGCUGCACAAGGUCAGCAGAGCUAUCAGAACACCGUCCAGGUUCUCCGCGGAUACGCCCGACUUCUUUCUAAUGACCACGGCGGGGCGUUGGAAGACUUCCAGGCUGUGAUCGAACACAACACCCCACACCCGUCCAGCUGUGUGAGGGCCCUGUGUGGCAGGGGGCUCCUCCGCAUGAUGGGGGGCUCGAACUACCUCACCGCUCUGGACUAUGUGACGGCCAGCAGGCUCCAUCCUCAGGAAACGGCGCUGACCGUCCGCUGCUUGGUGCCGUGGAACUACCGGGGAUUGCUGUUCACUGUUCUGCUGGAGCAGGGACGAGUCAUGCUGGAGGGGACCGGGGAGAACGAAUCCAUGCCCCUGUCCACAGAAAACUCCCAGCAGUCCCCACGGGAGGAGCAGCAGCAGGCUCCAGCAAAGACACACAACCACAGAUCAGGGACUCCUGCCGGUGUCCAGUCAUUGGCUGCACUGCUGAUGGAGCUCCAGCCCACCACUGAUGGGCCCCGGAUCCUGGCAGCAGACGCCCUGUACCAGCUUGGCCGGGUGGAGGAGGCAUACCGGCUGCUUCUUUCCAUCGGGCCCUCCAAUCCUCGCGCCCCGAUCCUGGCUCGCCUCGCCAUGCUGCAGCUACACAGAGGCUUUCUUUACGACAGCAACCAGCUGCUGAAAAAGCUCAUCCUGUGUGGAGACACCAGCUGCUUGCGCCCCCUGUUGGCAGUGGCUCAACAGAAGGACCGCGCUCUGCUGCAGGGACACUGCCACUCUGUAGCCAAACGCAUCCUGGACGGCAGCAGAGAGGAGAGCGUUGUCAGGGAGGCUGUGGCUUAUCUCUCCAUCGCUAUCAUGGCCACUGGUGGAAAGGCCGUGGACUCCCUGCUGGAGAGGGCCAGGUGUUACGCUCUGCUGGGCCAACGAAAGACUGCCAUAUUUGAUUUCAGUGCCAUUCUGAAGGAGCAUCCCAAACACAUCCAAGCCCUCUGUGGACGAGGAUUCACCUAUUUAAUGCUGAAUCUACAAAAGGAGUGCAUUCGUGAUAUCUUGGCAGCGCUUCAGAUCAACACUGACGUGGUGACCAAAGACAUCCUGUCUCUGAAGGACAGGGCUCAGAAGCUGAUCUGUGAAUGGCUGCAUCAGUUCUGUCGCUCCAGUCUGUCGGAUGCUGUGGUCGCCAGUGCGGUUCCCUGCCAUGAGGAGCAGCUCAGAGAGGCUUUUAUAAUUGGUGGAGCUCUGAUGAGGACCGACCGCAGAGACCCCAGAUGGCAUCUUCUCUAUGUGGACAUCCUCCUGGCUAAAGGUGACGUGAAGGCGGCAGGAGCUCAUCUGUGCCAGAUAUUUGGCCAAGAUCCAAGAGAUGCGGUGGCUCAGGCCCGGCUGGGUGUGGUGGAAGCCUGGCAGAAGAACUACUGCAGCGCAGCUCGCAGGCUCAGCAAACUGACUGAGAAAGAUUCAUCCAGCCUAGGCUUCUUGCUGGCCCUGAUCCCAUUUAAUCACAAAAAAUGCAUGGCACAGGCAGCAGCACAGGAGGCCAGCAGCGUUUCGUCUGAAGGUCACUGGGAUCAGGCUCUCGCGCUCCUGACUGUCUCGGUACAGGCGAUGGGCCAUCAGAAAAUGCAGUAUCUCCGCCAGCGGGCCGCCUGCCUCGGACAGCUGGGCUUGCAUGAGCGGGCCACAGCAGACCUGGACAGAAUCAUCCAGAGACACGGAGGGACUGACGCUCGCUCUUCCGACGAGCCCCGGAUCUGGGCGGAGGACCUGUGUCGACGAGGCCGAAGCCUGGCGCUGUGCUCCAGGGAGGGAGCAGCCGUGGAGGACUUCACCAGAGCCCUGGAGCUCCACAGGGACCGGGCCCUUCAGUGCAUGGAGGCUGGCCUUGGGAGGCUGCAUGUGGCCGAGUGCUUCCUACGGGGGGCGCUGCAGCACUAUGGGGAGCAGCAGCUCAGUAAAGCUUGGACCUUGAUUGAAUGCGGCCUCCUUGUGGACAGUGAAAAUUCAGAACUGCGCAGACUGAGGGCAAAGGUCAAACGAGAAGUGGCCAGCCCCUGCAAUGUCAACUAGUGCGGUUGGACAGAGUCAAAGUAGAAGCCGGUUUUAAAGCUCAGUGUAUAAAAUGUGACUAAUGUAGUUAUAAAAUAAUCCAAACUAAAGAGAUGUUUGAGGUUAAAAGCAACAAAAUGAAUUUAGAACUCUGGAUGAUUAACAACUUUUUAAGCAUUCAGUAUCUCCAUAGUACCGUUAAAGCAAUGCUUUAAAUAUGAGAGGAUUAUGAGUUUUUUGUAUUCAAGCAUCAAACAAUUAAGCUUUCUGUUGACUAAAACAGCAGCAGCUAAAACAUUGCGCAUGUGGA